CAUAAUAAAUCAAAAAUGGUCUUGAACGGCAUGCCCAUCAAUAUGCCUCUACCAGUUCCCAUGCCCGUGCCCAGUCCUCCGGCCACCAAAUCCCGAUUGGCCCUCGACUGGGACAUCAACGACUCCAAGAUGCCGUCGGUGGGGGAGUUCGACGACUUCAGCGACUGGGCCAACGGACACUGCCGGCUCAUCUACUCGAUCCAGAGCGACGAGGCCAGGAAGCAUGCCAGCGGUUGGGCCAUGCGCAACACGAACAACCACAAUGUGAACAUCCUGAAGAAGAGCUGCCUGGGAGUGCUGCUCUGCAGUGCCAAGUGCAAGUUGCCCAACGGAGCCAGUGUUCAUCUGAGGCCAGCCAUUUGCGACAAGGCCAGAAGGAAGCAGCAGGGCAAACAGUGUCCCAAUAGAAAUUGCAAUGGGCGCUUGGAGAUCCAGGCCUGCCGCGGCCACUGCGGCUAUCCAGUCACCCACUUCUGGCGCCGGGACGGCAAUGGCAUCUACUUCCAGGCCAAGGGCACCCAUGAUCACCCGAGGCCCGAGGCCAAGGGAUCCACGGAGGCCAGACGCCUGUUGGCCGGCGGAAGACGUGUCCGCAGCCUGGCCGUGAUGUUGGCCAGGGAAUCUGCCCUCAGCGACAAACUGAGCAGCCUUAGGCCCACGAAGCGACAGGCCAAGAGUCAGCCAACGCAGGAGAGCAAGCGCAGGAGGUUGGCUGGUGACCCCGAGGUGACCCCAACCGGCCAGGAACUAACACCACCAGCCGGCUAUCUGCCCACAACGACAUCGAACUUUGGUCAAACGCAGGGAUCAUAUACGGGAUCUACGGGUUCAGUGGCCAGUCAGUGGAACGGAGAGAUCUACUAUUCCGAACCGGAGGGAUCGUCCUAUGCCAAUGGAAUGUACGCCUACGAUAUGCUCCACUCGCCCCUCUCCGCGCACAGCUCCACGGGCAGUUAUUACCAGGAGAACCUACCGCAGCAACUGCAACAGCAGCAGCAGCAGCAACAGUCGCAUCCGCAACAGCAACAUGCGGCAAACAACUACGAUCAGCCUGCGAUCGCCUCGAGCUUCCCCUGCGGAAUGCCCCUCUACGAGAGCUGCGAUGACACCUCCAGUUUGACCAGCAGUUCGGGUUACAGCUCCGAGGAUUAUGGGUAUUUCAAUGGAUAUUUGCCCAACGCGCUGGACGUGAGCAACGGAAGCCAGGGCCAGAAUACCAGCCAGCAUGGAAGUUUCUACACCACCAGCUCGGAGAUCUUCAGUGUGUUCGAAUCGACCCUAAACGGAGGAGCUACCAGCAAUGCAGUGGAUCUGCUCUAUGACGAAGCCACAGCCUACCAGCAACAAGCUUCCACCAGCUUCCUGCCUCUCGCCAGUUAUCCACAGGAGCCGCAGGAUCAGCUGCAGUCCGCUGAUUACUACUACAGCAAUUCGGGAGUGGAGAACGGGUGGAACAUCCAAAUGGACUCGACCUAUCACCCGAACACCACCACGAAUCCCGUCUUCUGUUAGAUGAGGGGAAAUCGGGAUAAUGGAUCUCUCACCGCAACUCCUAUUACUGAGCCACUCAAGCGUUGUUCUAGUCCCUAGUUGAUUUCCACUCAUGUUCCCAUUGCUUGUUGGUCCUAUUAUUAUGUAUGAAAUAUUGUAUUGAACGUUUCUAGUUUGUUUCCCAGCUAUUCCAAAGUUUUAGAUAUAAAACUUUAGCUAUAAGAAUAAUACUUGUAACUUUAAACUGUAAGCGCAUAGAGUCUUAAGUCAUAUUUCCCACCUAUUUAUGAAUUUUUGUGUAGUAAUAAAUAUUUUUUAAAAAACAAAAAACCAAAACAAAGUAACCUUUUUUGAUUCGUGUCAGACUUUUGGAAGGGAGGCCGGAGUAAUAGUCAGUAUACUUUCUCUAGCGGCGGGAAAAACAACUAUAGUUGUUCCGAAAAUAAAACACCCACAGUUGUUGUGAAAAAAUCUAGUAAAAAUUUGUUGAUCAACCAAACAUUUUUAAAAUGCCUCCUAGACGGGCUGCGAGCCAGAACCGAAUGCCUUCAUUGGCUCGUCAAACGGCUGCCAUAAUCAACAGUCGAGCUAUGCAAAACUUUUUGAGCCGACAGAGAUUUCAGAUUUUACCUCGGCGAAGAUCGACUCGCCGCACAGGGGUACUUGGGCCUAGGAUAAAUUCUUCUGCUUCUCGAAACCGGAGCAAUUCUUCUGCUACUCGAAGCCGAGACAAUUCUACUGCUAGUCAAGGCCAGGGAAAUCCGCGCAGAAGGAGUCGUCGUCAAACGACUGCUCAGGCUCGAGCCCGUAGAUCCCAUUUAGCGGCGGAACUGCAGCAAUUGGAAAGCAAUCUAUUUAGUGGAGUUCUGGAUUUUAAUAUUUCUAUAGAUCCCAACGAUGUGAUCUCGGCUCUGGCUUUACUUCUCACAUGGUGCAGAUCGCCGAGUUCGCUGUCACUACAAAGUGCAUCGGAAAAUGGAAGCAUUCAUUUCAUUUUGAGAUCAAAUGAGGAAGUUACUGACUCUGCUGAAAAUGCCAAUGCUCAAGUUGCCAAUGAUCAAAAUCCGCGUCAGGAAGAUCGGGAAAGCAAUGGAGAUCUAGGUCCUGUAGAUCAGGAUUCCAAUGAAAGUGCCGAUGAUGAUAGUCUUCAACAGGUUGAAGAUAACAAUAAUGAAAAUCGACGUCCGGAGGUUCAGCAUGAACAUGGUGAGAAUCAACGACAGGAAGUUCAGAACCACUUUGAAAAUGCCUAUGAUCAAAGUGAGCACCAAGAAGAUCGAGAUGUCAAUAAUGAAAAUUGCGAAAAUAUCUAAGAGUAUGAAAACCAACCAAAAGAAAUUACCAAAUCUAUCUAGGACCAUUAAAUCUACAAAGAUAACAUCGUUUGUACUUUGUAAGAUUUUUAAAAAAAUUUUCUAAUGUGUUUCCCAAAAUGUUGUUCUAAAAGGAAGUUAAUAAAUAAUCAAAUUUUCUAGAAA